AUGGGUGUCUCUGUGGGUCUGCUCUACAUGAAGCAUGGAGUGGAGUGGCAGUCUGCAAUAUGCAUGGCCCAUGAACGUUGCGCAGGGCCUGCGUCUUCCGCAGAUCUUCGGGCUUCGACGACCUUCUACCGCGGCUUCCCUCACCACCGCCGCCGCCUUAGACAGAGCGGGGAACGGUUGGCAGCAUACGCAGUUUCAUGGUUACAAUUGAUUGCAAUCGGUGGCAUCGUUUUAUUGCACGAUCUUGAAAACCCACCAGUAGGUGAGCCUUAUUUGCGGCCCCUCGCCGAUCCGACGCGUCUUCCCAGAGGUUCUACCCCACGACUGACCACGUGUCCUGGGGCCUCAUCUGUUGGGAGGAUCUACUCCUACCUGCAUUCUCCUGUCUCUCCAAUAUGGCUUGAGUUUCUCGUUCCAUACCCCUUCCUCAUCAUCUUCACCAACGUCACCGUCAUCAAGUUCCAUCAAGUUCCAUCAUCACUUUUACAGCAUCAUCUUCCAUCCCUCCCUUUACCGCUAUCUAAUACCUUCAUCAUCAUGCAACGCUCCCUCUUUAGAAAACCUGGCAACAGUGAUGAUGAGAGCAGCUCUGGGUCUGAAGAUCUCAGCAGUUCGGCGUCCGCUGUUUCUGGAGAUUCUGCUGGUCUUUCAUCAUCAUCACCCACAGAUCUUCCUGAUAACCUGGGGCCUAAUCCCUCCGUACCCACUGCAGCCGUUAACUCUUCCUCCUCUACUAGCCCAGUGACUAUUUACACAACAGAAUCUCCCCCUCAUCCGGCAAUCUCACCGUUCGCUCCGAAUCAUCAAUAUAAUAUCGUAUUCAAUGCCUUGCUAGAAGCGUUCGUUAAUUCACGCAUCUCUCAUCCCGCUGUAGCAGAAGAAUCGUUCCAGACGAUUGCUCGCCUAUUAUCCGACCAUGGCAUAGCUCCACCCAACAGCGAGAACUUUGCUCGUCCCGAAUUGGCGAGUGUACGCCAGACCUAUCUAGACGGCGUCGAUGCUCUUUUGCAGCGGAGCUUACAGCAAGUUGCAGGCGGAGAAAUGGCAGGCCAUGUUGUGGAGGAUAGUCAGUUAUCAAUGGUUCUCAGGGAUACCCCAGCUGCGGUUGUUCCCAAUCCGCCCAUCCUCAAAAGGGUAAUGACAGAAACCGUUCCUGCUGGUAGCAGCUUGGACGGAAGAAAGGUCCUACAAAGAUGCUCUUCGUUGAGUAUACUAGCAAAUGCUGCAAAGGCUACCAAAUACCGGCCUAGCACUGCUCCAGCACUGGCUGAAAGCCCACCAUCGUUUUUCCCAGCGGACAAAAAACCCAAAGCAACGCCAACUGCGCCUAGUAUCAACGUUAUAAUCAAACCAUCACGGUACACCUCCGAUUUCAUCGAGCUAGGGUAUCUUGGGAAAGGCGGGUUCGGUUCCGUGUUCCAUGUCCGCAAUCGUCUUGAUGGAGCUGAGUAUGCUAUCAAAAAGGUGGCACUUAAGCAUGAAAUGUUUAAGAAGGUCCAAGAGGAUGGUAUCGGAGCAUUUGAAAGGGUCGUCCGCGAGGUGAAUACAAUGGCGACCCUCGAACACAAUAAUAUCGUCAGGUAUUAUGCCAGCUGGAUUGAUGGGUUGAUUGCUGAGCAGUUCGCUGCCGGGACAGUGGCUACAGUCGAUGUGAAUGUUGGUGCUGCUGCUCCAGUUAACGAAGUGAACGUCUCUAAGCAUGAUCCAACGAGUAAUCAUGAUCCAACGAGUAACUAUGACCCAACAAGUAACGAUGACCCAACGAGUAACGAUGACCUUCCUGAUGACGACGAGGACCUUCCUGAAGAUGAGGAUCAGGCCGAGCUAUCAGAGCUAAACAUUAUAUUUGGAAUUGACCCUGACGAAAGCAAGGUCAAAACUCUGGAUAGCUUAAAUGAGUCAAAAUCUUUGAGCAAGGAGGUCGAGGUGGAUAGCAAGGACUGCAUGGGUCACUUGGACGGUAAUUCCGAGGAGAGUUCGGGCGAAUCAGUAGAGUGCAUCCCAAGGUCGUUCUCCCCCAAGGCGCGAUUACCACACGAUUCUAUAUCUCGACGUUCCUCAAACCACCGCGGGAAAAAACCUUCAGUCAACUUCAAACUAGCUUCUGAGGACGAGUCAGCGUACUUAUACUCCGAGUCGGACCUUGCCGAAUCGGCCAUCUUUUCAGCGGGCAAUGGUGCCAUGAUAAGGUCAAACACAAAGGGGCGUGGGCAGGAGAACAGACGAUCUGCAUCUGUGGUCACCCUUCAUAUCCAGAUGUCACUUCAUAAACUUGGACUGACGUCAUAUUUGUCCGCGGAUUCCCCUGGCCCGAAACAUUGCUUCUGCCUUAUCUCCUCCUUAAAGUUAUUUUCUGGUCUUCUUGACGGAGUUGCUUAUCUUCACGAAAAAAAGAUUGUGCAUAGAGACUUGAAACCGGGAAAUAUUUUCCUCGAUGCCUAUGAUGGUCGGAGGCGUUGCAAAUGCAAUACCCACAACACUCUUGUCAUUCCUCGUAUCGGGGAUUUCGGGCUCGUGAAAAAUGUCACGGAAAACACUGGGGUUGCGACGCCGAGCGUUGCUGUAGGUACUGAGUUUUACAGGCCACAGGCAGGCGUUAUGGAUGAUGACCUGAUUGGGAGAGAUUUAUUUGCAUUGGGCGUGAUAUUGGUCGAACUAAUGCACAAGUUUAGCACAAGAAUGGAACGUGUGUUCACACUUACAGCAUUGACAAGAGCCGGAAAGCUUCCGGCAGCCCUGGACAAACGCAUUACUGAUAUCGUCCAAGGAUGUUGUUCACUCGGCCCUUAUGUCAAUAAGAGGUGGGAUUUAGAGAGGGUCAGGCAAGCCAUCAAUACCAUUGAAAACUCUGAGUCUUGA